AGAGACGCCGGUACUGCUAUCGCCGCCGCAAUUUUUUUUUUCUUUCGCGUCCAGUCGUCUGUUUUCCGCUCUAGCGGGUAGCCGACUUCGUUCGCUCGGCGCGUUUAGUCACGGACGUUGUAGUACGGAUACCAUCUGCUCCAACUUGAACGGCUUAGGCAGAAACAGACCGGCGUCUUAACAUGACCGCGGCGAGCCCUCAGAUCGGUGUGCUGGCCCUGACAGCAACCCUGGUUGUGGGCACCGUCGGGGCGACGCUGUGGUGGCUGAAGAACAGGUCCGCCAAGUACCUCAAGGUGGCCAAGGUCAAGAGGAUCUUCAUCUAUCCAAUCAAGUCCAUCAUGGGCCUGGAAAUUACGACAGCACACUGCACUGUCGAGGGUCCCGUCUACGAUCUUCUCAAGGACAGGACCAUGAUGCUCGUGAAGGGGGACUAUUUUGUGUCUCAGCGAGAAGAGCCUUCGCUCGCCCUGGUUCAGAUGACGUACAAGGAUGGCAAGCUGACUUUGACAGCGGAUGCGAUGGAGCCCUUGGUUGUCGACGCCGUUGAUCCGGACGCGUCUUCAAAACCAUCGUUUAUGGUGAAGGUCAGGGGCAACGAGUACAAGGCUGUCCAAGUUUCGCCAGAGGGGACGAAGUGGUUUCGACAGUUCCUGAAGCAAGACGACAUUCGCCUGGUCCGCAUUUUGCAGGACGACGAAAACAUUGCACGUGGAGCGCGCGGCGCAAUGCCAGUGGCCUUUCAAGACUCGGCGAGUUUCCACGUGUGCUCGGUCGAGUCCCUGAAGGACCUCAACUCCAGGAAACCGGAAGGCGACGGUGUGGAAAUCACGGAGCGCAACUUUCGACCCAAUUUUCUCGUCGAAGGCUGCGACGCUUUUGCCGAGGACCACUGGACCCGCAUCAAGCUUGGAGAUGCUGAAAUAUCAUUCCUCGAACGUUGCACUAGAUGCAUCCUGACAACAGUCAACCCGGACACCGGCAUCCAGCUCCGAGAGCCGCUGAAAACACUCAGAACUUACCGGUUAGACAGGUCCGACAUUGGGAAGAAAAAGUACAAGCUGCACCCGCUGUUCGGCGUGCGCCAGUUCUUGCUGAAGGAUGGCCACGUCAGUGUGGGUGAUGACGUCUACGCAGUUUCCUCCGCCAAGCCCCUUUUGUGAGACUGCCUGCGCCAUCUUUCGACCUUUACCCGGGCUGUGUUCACACCGAAGUUUCAUUCCCUGAGCACACAUGAUUCACUUUUAAUCACGUGAGAAAUUCGCUGCCUUCUCGCACAAACUUUUGUUCCCGAGGGUAGAGUUAAACUAGGAGUGCAGUUAGACUACACAUCGCAGCAGUAAGUCGAACUUUGCCUGAGGGUUAUUCUUCCUAUCUCUGGAUACUGUAUAUUUUUUGAUGCAAAACUUUUUACUUUGCGCUGCUCCUAUCAAAAAGUGAAAGCGCUUUGUUUAAUGAUAUUUCCGUCGGGAGUAGUCGCUCGUUAUCUUCGUGGGACGUCAAAUUUACGUCUAAAUGGUUUCAACCAUCGCUUCCAACGUUUUUAUCCCAUGAACAUUAGUGCUCAAAACUUUAUCCUCAGGUGAAGUUUCAGCUUUCAGCUAACUGUCAAGUGAAGUUUCAGCUUUUUGUGUUAUGCCAUUAAUCUAUGCCAGGUGAAGAACAAAGCCAUAUCUUUUUUCUCACACCUCGUACUAUUAAAGUGAUUGUUAUCCGAUCUCUGAAUAUACUGGGGUACAAGUUAUGCUGUAAUUUAGUUCACAUGGUUGGCACUGAGUUCUUUAGUACGUUAGUACGCUGUCAAUAUGUAGUGGUUUGAUUAAUGAAUGUUAUAGUAGAGCUAACACGUGAACGGUGCCAGUUUAGAAUUGUUAAAAUGAAGAACGAAAAAACAAAUUAUGCUGUCUUUUUUUUUUUUUUCGUCAGUUUAGAAAUGUUCACUUUGGCAUUUGUUGGAGGGGUAACUCAAUUGUCUUUCACGCAUGGCCUUUUCUCUUUGACCAUUUUUCGCAUGUAUACAUUAUCCGCAGCUCUCCUAAAAUAUUGUUCUUUUUUAGAAGAACCAAUAAAGUAUUGUAUUUGUGAAUCUGCA